CAGAUUUUCGUAUCAUAAGCAGAAAUAAUUUGUGUUGUCAUUAAGAGUGUCCACACCUCUGUUGGUCCAUCGCCAAGUGAAGUAGUUAGUUGGUAUGGAGUACGUAUCCACAUGUCGACUUUGCACAGUAGAGAUUGCCAGUGAACGUGGUGAAGUUAAUUCUAUUGAGAAUCACGAUUUCAAAAUGAAAAUAGAUAGCGUAUUUCACUUUCCGAUUGAACUGAAACAUGGUUAUUCAACAACCGUUUGUCAGAUGUGCUCAGACAUUAUAUGCCAGUUCUAUGAGUUUUCGGAAAAGGUUAGAUUGAACCAGGAAAAACUUGUGGGUAUCGAACAUAAACCACCGUUUGUAGAAGUAAAAGGAGAACCGGUUGAAAUACCUGUAACAAUAGGCAACUUGAAUCUGUCGGUUGACGAUAGUCAAUUUAAACUUGAAUCUGUAAGCGAUGAACAGGACAGUGGCGAAGACAUAUUCGUUGAUUUUAUUGACACUACUGAUGAGCCAGAUAAGCAGAGUAACAACAAUCAAUCAGAGGAACUAAAUCAUCAAACGGUGGAGCGCGAAAAGAAGAAAAAUGCUGUUAAAUCGAAAGAAGAACAAAAACGGGAAGAUGAACUACUACAUGAUUUUUAUAAAUUCGUUUGUGAAAUAUGUGAUGCUUCUGUUCCCGAUUUUCCCUCUUUGCGACGUCAUUUUCGAAAAAAUCAUAAUUUGAGUGGCUAUCUAAGGUGUUGUAAAAAGAAAUUAUUUAAGCGAUGUUACUUGCUUGAGCAUAUAGAGAAACAUACGAAUCCGAAAGCAAUUCGAUGCGAAAUUUGUAACAAAAAUUACGCCGAUAAGGAAUGUUUACAAAUUCAUAAAACUCACGCACACGGCAAGAUAGAAGACAGGCCUUUCAAAUGUGAUUUAUGUGGCAGUACAUUUUCCCGCCGGAAUAUGUUGACUAAUCACAUGAGUACCCACGAAAAAGCUCAAUGUCCACAAUGUGACAAAAUAUUAGCGUGUAAAGCUAGCCUUUCGGUGCAUCUAUUAAGGGUGCACAGUGGACAAAGGCACGCUAGAAUAUGUGAUACAUGUGGUAAAGAGUUUCUAUCUAAGAGCGCAUAUGAGCAACAUUUGAAGAAACAUCAGGGGAUCAAAACCCCCGAACAAAAGUUACAGUGCCCAACUUGCAAUAAAUGGCUCGUAGGGAGACUGGGCUAUCAGCGUCAUAUGCGGUAUAUACACAAUGAAUCAGGCCAAUCGUUCGUUUGUGACGUGUGUAAUCAGACAUAUCCUAACUCACGAGCGUUAAGAAUUCAUAAGAAUGAAGUUCAUGUGGACUCGGUGUUUAACUGUACAAUUUGUGGCAAAAACUUUAAACGUUCACGUUCAUUAAAGGAACACAUGGCAAGUCACACUGGGGAAACGUUAUACAAGUGUCGCUUUUGUGGAGUGGGAAUGAAUAACAAUGGGAAUCUUUAUACUCAUAUUAAGAAAAGUCAUUCUGGUGAACGAGCGUCAAAGAAUCUAAUGCCAAUCAAUGAAGCUCUCAAGCUUUCAAAAUGAGAACUGUUAUAACUAAUAUAACAUUCAAAUAAUA